UUGCAUUGGCCUGUUUUGCUUAAUGUUCUGGAAGAUAUGAGUCUUGCUGAAAAUUUUAUUCAAGAAAUUUAGUGUCAUAACCAUGUGAUAUCCAGAAGGGGACAAGUCAAGAUUUUCCUUUGUCCCCUUUGCUGUUUAUUAUGGCUCUUGAAGUGUGAAGGGAGGAAAAUGGGUCAGUCCUGGAGUCAGGGGAAGGUCCAGACGAGGGCUCUGCAUUAGAGGCAGAGAUGGGGCCAGGGCCAUCUGGGAGUGAUGAGCGGACUCCGGAGCCUCCAGAAGCGAGUAACAGAGAGGCAGAGGAACAGGAGGAGCCUGUUCCUAGUGCACACAUGUGAAGAGCUGCCAGAAGGCAAAAGCAGCUAAAGCAAAAAGGACGACUCGGGAGUAAGGCCAGGAGAUGAUUGGCCCCUUAAUUUGGACUAAACUGAGAAUGAAGUAACUAUCAGCUGUUCCAAUAAAACAGGUUUGUUUAGGACUGAUUGUGCCUGGUAAUAACUACUUGGGCCUAGGUCACAACAAUUGGUGUCAAGGGGAAAAAAGAUCUAUUAGCUCUAUAUCUUUCUUCAUAUUUAUACAAUGAUAUAAUCCAAAAAUAUUCAGUGUCCUCAACCUAGAGUGGCACCAAACUCCAUGUUUCUGGGUGACCUUACUCAGCAGUCUCUGGAGAAAAGAGUCCAUAUUGAAGGAUAGCAGAAGUCAAAUACAUAGAUGUUGAAAUCCUGCAUUUCCCUCCAGCAUCAUUUUCUGGACAGGUCCUGACAGGAAAGACCACAACGAUUAAAGAACACUGCCCUCAGGGGUAUAUCUGUAAUUUUUCACAAACAUGCUGUAUAUCAGGAAUAAGUUCAGGGUCCCCAGAGGAAAAGUUGCUUCUCACUGUAAUUAUCACCAUCCUGCUCUUUGAGAUGUCUCCUUCUAUUUCUCUAGUGACUGCCUUUGAUGUAAACAUCAGACUGAAGCACUGUGGAGGGGAUCCUGCAUCAGAAAAGGAUAAAUGCUUUAGGUGACACUGUGUUAUGUGAAUUUUAGGACAGGCAGGGGCUGUGCUGUUAAAUGUCCUUUUCUCUCCUUUCCAGGUGAAGCAUGAUUUGUCUCUUUUAAUUCUCAGGGCUUUUAAUUCUUCAACUCUUCUUGUUCUUGUUUAGAAACAGGAAGGGAAUUGAUUCAGCCCCAUGAAUUAUGAACCUCCUACUUCUGCUUCUGAUGCUACUGCUGUCCCAGCCAAUCUCUGGAAAGCUUAGAAUGAAAUGUCCACUGACUCUGGAACACCAGGAUGGAGAAAAACCAUGGAGCUAUUACAGACCAGGAGACCAUCUCAUUGCUGUUAUCACCAGUGAAACAAAAAUAUCUCCUGUAAUGUUCCCUUUUGAUGCAGCUCCUUCUAGUCAGUCUAAUUCUAGCAUAUCUUCUGAUCGGUCUAAAAUCCUACGCUUUAUUUUCGCUACUCAAGUGGUCAAUAAGAAUUCCCAGCUCCUGCAAAAUCUCACACUUGGCUACGACAUCCAUGACAACAAUAUGAACACUAUUGGCACUUCAGAUGCCUUGCUGGACAUGCUCUCCAGUGGAGAAGCCAAUGUUCCCAACUACAGCUGUGGAAGGAAGGACCACCUUUUGGCUCUUGUUGAUGCAGCUGUCAGGGACAUCUCCAUCCAGAUGUCAACAUUAGCAGACACCUACAAAGUCCCACAGAUCACUUAUAACAUUGUUUCAGCGGCUCUGAGUGAUAAAAGUCAAUUCUCAUUUUUUUACCGGAUUCUCCCCAAAGAAGGGUUCCACUACCCAGGAAUUGUCAAACUGCUCCUCCAUUUCAGAUGGACUUUGAUUGGUCUCUUUGCUUCAGACACAGAGAAGGGAGAGAAUUCCAUGAGGGCUUUGAGUCCUAUGCUGGUCAGGAAUGGAAUUUGUGCUGUUAUAUCAGAACAAAUUUCACCAGCUGGACAUACAGCACCCCUCAGGGUUGCCAUUUCCAAGUGGAGACAAGUCAAUGUCUUUGUUCACAUCGUAGAAUAUUUUGCUGUUUGGGACAGAAUUCAUCUUUUCCAUUCAACACUUAAAAGUUUGCCAGAACCCAUUGAAGGGAAAGUCUGGAUAAUUGCAGUCCUUGGGGAAAGGGAAAUAAAAAGACACAUAUUUCUGAAAUAUAUCCAUAGUGUUUGGAUCUACAUUUUCCAGUUGAAAAAAAGCCCAAAGGACAGUUCCUUUGAACCAGAUCUCUUUGUGCAACCACAGGUCGGAGAUCAAUCUUUUCUCUGUUCUUUUUCAGAAGACAUCAUUUCUGUCAAAGGCCGGAGAAGAUGCACUCAGAAAUCUCCACUGAAGACCAAAGUGGAAAGAAAUUGGCUCUUGUACAUAUGUAACUACCAUGUUUACUCUUUGAUUAAUGGUCUGGCCCAUGCCUUGAAUGCUGCAUAUUCCUCCAUAUCCAAGAGGAGAAGAAAAGAGGGAGAAGAGAGCCUGGGGACUCAAAGGCUGCAGCCAUGGCAGUUCCAUCCAUUUCUGAAGAAGAACGAGUUUUGCAAUCUUUCCCACGUGAAACUGUACUUGGACCAAAAUGGGGAUGUGACAGGAGAUUUGAACCUCGUAAGCUUGAUAGUUCAGUCCAGGGAGGAUCCCGUUAGAAAGCAAGUGGGGACUUUUGAAAGACAGAGACUUAUUAUCGAUCCAGAUGCUCUUUCACAGCUAAAGUUGCUCAACAAGUCUUUGCCUCAGUCCAAAUGUGUGGAAAAUUGUCAUCCUGGAUUUUUCAAGCAAGCUCGAAAAGAAGAGCCAGUAUGCUGCUAUGACUGUAUUCCUUGUCCAGAAGGGACCAUCUCCACUCAGGAAGAUACUGAAAAAUGCACCAAGUGCCCAGAUGAUCAAUAUCCAAAUGAGAGCAGAGUCCAAUGUAUCCCAAAAAGAAUAACCUUCCUCUCCUAUGAAGAACAUCUGGGCAUCAUCCUGGUGUCCAUUGCCCUACUCUUGUUCCUAACCACAGGAUUCAUUUUAAUCAUAUUCAUUAAAUACUUAGAAACUCCCAUUGUCAAAGCCAACAACCGGGACCUCUCCUACAUCCUCCUGGUCUCCCUCUUGCUUUGCUUCUUGUCCUCCUUUUUCUUCAUUGGACAGCCAAGGAAAGCCACCUGUCUUCUUCGACAAACUGUGUUCAGCAUUGUCUUCUCAAUAGCCGUGUCUUCUGUGUUGGCCAAGACAAUCACAGUGGUGUUGGCAUUCUUAGCCUCAAAACCAGGGAACAAAGUGAGAAGAUGGUUGGGGAAGAGCUUGGCCAAUUCCAUCAUCCUUUCUGGUUCUGCUGGCCAAAUUUUCAUCUGUUCCUUAUGGCUGGGAAUUUCUCCCCCAUUCCCUGACUCUGACCUCCACUCCCAGCAUGGAGCAAUCAUCCUUCAAUGCAAUGAAGGCUCUGUCACCAUGUUUUAUGUUGUCCUUGGCUAUAUGUGUUUCCUUGCUGCCAUUUGCUUCACUGUAGCUUUCCUGGCCAGGAAUCUCCCUGGGGCCUUCAAUGAAGCCAAGCUGAUCACCUUCAGCAUGCUGGUCUUCUGCAGUGUUUGGAUCUCCUUCGUGCCCACCUAUCUGAGCACCAAAGGAAAGUCCAUGGUGAUUGUUCAGGUCUUCUCCAUCUUGGCCUCCAGUGCUGGACUGCUGGGUUGCAUCUUCUUCCCAAAGUGCUUCAUUAUUAUCCUGAGGCCAGAUCUAAACACUAAGGAACAUCUCAUGAUAAAAGUAGAGAAAUGACAGUGAAAUUGUUUCUUAGGCUUAUAAUAUUUAAUUUUUUCAUUGUAGUUAUUGGUGUUUUGUAUUCUUCCUUUGAAUCAAUGUGACAAUUAAGACUAUUUAAAACUGAAGGAAAUAAACAUAUGAAGAGUAUAAUGUUAAUGACAUUAAAUUCCAACAUUAUCAUCAAUUAGUAAAAUAAACCAAUUAGUAAUAGAAUUUGUCAUACAUCCAGGAAUGAACAAGCUCAGAAAUAAGACUCUCCUUCCAACAGGAUUUUAUGUGCUUUCCAGAUUUGUGCAAAUGCAAUUCUAGUCGCUGUUAUUAUAUGAAUAAUCAAAUAGGUAUCUUCUUUACUAUAAUUCUCUGGUAAAAUUCCCAAUAAGAAUAUCUCUGCUUUUAA